AUGAAGGCCUGGACGUGGACUCGUGGAGGCUAUCCCGGAGCAUUACAACAAUCCACGCUCCCGUCCGACACUGGGCCCCUCAAAUCAUCUGAGAUACGUGUCGGAACGAAGGCUGCAUCGAUCAAUCCUGUUGAUGUUCAGUUGAUGUCAUACCCCCUAAUAUCACAUCUUCCUGCCUUUCUUGUUCCGCCGCAAAAGGGCGUAGGCGAGGAUUUCUCAGGUGUUGUUGAAGAAGCCGGAUCGAACUCUGGCUUUAAGAUCGGCGACGAAGUUCUCGGUAUCACCCCGUUCCUCCCCGGUGGUACUCUCCAGGAGACAACUCAAAUCGACACCAAAGUAUCUGCAGUAGUGCGGAAGCCUACUGGUUGGUCCUGGGAUCAGGCUGCGGCUCUCCCGCUGGUCUGGCUCACGGCCCGAACGACUAUUGCCCGAGCAGAGUCUCAUGUGAAAAGCGGCAAGAUAGUUAUCCUGGGUGGUAGUUCUAGUUGCGGCACGUACGCUGUCUAUCUUGCAAAGCAGCGUGGUUGGACGGUGAAAGCCUCUUGCUCUGGCCGCAAUGCCGAUUUCGUUCGCAGCAUGGGGGCAGACGAUAUCAUCGACUACACAACUACUAACGUCCCUGAACAAGUCAAGGCCUUCGCUCCCGAUGCUAUUAUUGAUUUUGUUGGAGGCACGGAAUGUCUAGGAAUCUCAAAGGCGUACGUGACCGUCGUCGGCGACAAAACUGACCGGCUAUCCCCGGGCGGUCGAUAUAUUUACUUGUGGAAUCCUCAGAUGCUCCUUCGCGCCGUUGUCGGGAAGAUAGGUCUUGGACAAUCUUAUACCUGUAUAAAUCUUGAGUUUAGCACCUCCUUUUUAAAGGAAUUACUAGACCUACCUAAGGAUAAGAUCGUUAUCGACUCCGUAUUUGAGUUUGACCAAGUGAAGGAGGCAUUUGAUAAGCUUAACACCGGGCGUGUAAGGGGAAAGUUGGUCAUAAAUGUCGCUAUGUGA